GUAGCCUCUUCGAUCAUGCAAUUAUCAAGAGCGGACGAGGAGGAGGAGGAUCGAGCAACAACAACAGGGGAUGCGCAGCUCUGGGAGUGAGCAGAUCACCAUCGCCCAAAAUACGCAUGGCUUCUCUAAGAGCGGCCCUGCCCCUGUGGUCCGAGGCAGCGGCAAGGAAGCUCGAAGACAUGGCGAAAAGCGGCGGCUUGGAUCAAGCUUUCGGGGAAUUUGGUGCAGGGUCUUUUCUUCCUCCUGCCGCCACUGCCGCUCUACUGGGACUGGCGCUGCUUUGCAUCACCGUCGCCAUCUUACACAAGCAUUCUUCGAAACGACGCCGCAACAAUCUACCGCCAGAGGUGCCAGGGCUGCCGUUUGUUGGAAACCUCCUCCAGAUGACGGUGGAGAGGCCACACCGCAAGCUUACAAGCUGGAGUAACGAGUAUGGGCCGAUCUACACCAUCAGGACCGGCCAGAAAUCCCAAGUCAUUGUCAGCUCGCCAGAGCUCGCAAGAGAGGCUGUUGUCGCCAAGUAUUCCUCCAUCUCCAACAGGGAUUUGGGAUCAAACCUUACCAUUCUUACCAGGAACAGGAAGAUCGUGGCAAUGAGUGACUAUGGCGAUCGGUAUAGGAUGCUCAAGAGAAUGGUGGUGAACAACUUGCUCGGACAAACUUCGCAGAAAGCUCUGCAUGUUCAGCGCGAAAAUUACUUGGGAAUUGCACUCGACGGCCUGUUUGAUGAGCUCGGGAGGUUUCCUGGUUCUACAGGUCAGGUGAACGCCAGAGAUUGCAUUGCCAACUUUCUCUUCCGUUUAGGAACGCACCAGGUUUUUGGCCGAGAUAUCGAGAGUGUUAGAGUUCCAGAGCUUGGAGCAGAGGUGACGAGAUGGGAGAUUUACCGCAUCCUUGUGCAGGACGUGAUGAAAGCGGCCGUCCAGAUCGAUUGGAGAGACUUUUUCCCGACCCUCAAGUGGAUUCCCAAUUGGAAGUUUGAGGAUGGGAUCUACAAGGUGGAGCGCAAGAGGUCUGCGGUGACCAAAGCAUUGAUGGAGCAGCACAGGCAACUCUCUCGCAGCCAGCAGCGAGACAAGUGCUACUGCGAUGUUCUUCUCGACAAUGAAUCACACUACAGUGAGGACGAGCUGUUGCUGGCUGCGUGGGAGCCGAUCAUUGAGAGCUCCGACACGACACUGGUGACAUCCGAGUGGGCUCUCUACGAGCUGGCCAGCGCUCCAAAACUACAGGAGAAGCUAUACAACGAGAUCAAACGCGUGGUGGGAGAUGAGCGGAUGGUAAGCGAAGACGAUCUUCCAAAUCUUCCCUUCCUCAACGCUGUCAUCAAAGAGACGCUGAGAAAAUACAGCCCCGUUCCAAUUCUACCCCCGAGAUACAUACACGAGCAAGUCGAGCUGGGUGGCUACACCAUUCCGGCUGGCUACCAGCUGAUUGUCAACAUCUUUGGAAUCCACCACGACCCGAAACGCUGGAGCAAUCCCGAGACGUGGGAUCCAUCACGGUUUCUAGGAGUCGAAGGUGGCAGCUUCGACAUGGGAUUGACGGACAUGAGACUCAUGCCCUUUGGCGGAGGCAAACGGAUUUGCGCCGGGAUGGCCCAAGUUUUUUACGUUGUUCCCAUGAUCAUCGCCACUCUCGUCCAGCACUUCGAGUGGACUUUGCCGCAAGGUGAUAUGGACAAGAGGAAUGUUGUGGAAGACACGGUCUAUCUCACCACCCAAAAGCUGGAACCUCUCCAGGCCUGUGCCAAGCCUCGCGUGCCUCGCAGGCUUCCUUCCAAAACGCUCAACGCCGUUCCUUCCAACAACAAAGUCCCAAAGCACAAGCAUUGAUGGUGGCUGCCUUUCCCAAAGGAGGGCGAGAAGUGGAGGAUAGAAUCUCUUCUUCUUUUUUCUUCCACCGCCUUUAGGUGAGCCACAUUGCGUAGCUAUCUAGCCAAACAAGUGAGUUGCUUUA